AGUCACUAUUAAGUGAGCUUGAAGAGGCUGGUGGCACCUUUCAUUUGAACAGGCUCUGGGGCCUUUACCUCCCUCAGGCUCCUGGACAUAAUGUCUUGCUCUAAGAAGACUGAUUAUGUACAGAGUUUGAGCCUUCUGCAGUGGCCUUUGAGCUACCUUGCCAUCUUUUGGAUCCUGCAGCCAUUGUUCAUUAGCCUGCUGUUCACACCCUUGUGGCUGCUACCAACACUUUACUUUGUCUGGUUAUUCCUGGACUGGAAGACUCCAAAUCAAGGUGGCAGGCGUUCAGCCUGGGUAAGGAACUGGUUUAUCUGGACCCACAUCAGGGACUAUUUCCCUAUUACAAUCCUGAAGACUAAGGACCUGUCACCAUCACACAACUACAUCAUGGGGGUCCAUCCUCACGGUCUCCUGACCUUCGGCGCCUUCUGCAACUUCUGCACUGAGUCCACAGGCUUCUCGAAGACCUUCCCAGGCAUCACGCCUCACUUGGCCACACUGUCCUGGUUCUUCAAGAUCCCCUUUAUUAGGGAAUACCUCAUGGCCAAAGGAGUAUGUUCUGUGAGCCAGCCUGCCAUCGACUACCUGCUGAGCCAUCAUGGCACCGGAAACCUCGUGGGUAUUGUUGUGGGAGGAGUCGGAGAGGCCCUGCAGAGUGUGCCUAACACCACCACUCUCAUCCUCCAGAAGCGCAAAGGAUUUGUGCGCACGGCCCUGCGACACGGGGCUCAUCUGGUCCCUACCUUCACAUUUGGAGAAACUGAGGUGUAUGAUCAGGUACUGUUCCAUGAGGACAGCCGGAUGUACAAGUUCCAAAGCUUCUUCCGCCGGAUCUUUGGUUUCUAUUUCUGUGUCUUCUAUGGACAAGGCUUCUGUCAAGGCUCAGUGGGACUCCUACCAUACCACAAGCCCAUUGUCACUAUAGUUGGGGAGCCUUUGCCCCUGCCCCGUGUUGAAAACCCAAGCCCAGAGAUGGUGGAUAAAUACCAUGCACUCUACAUGGAUGCCCUGUACAAGCUGUUUGAGCAGCAUAAGGUCCAGCAUGGCUGCUCCGACACCCAGAAGCUGCUUUUCUUGUGAUUGAAGAGACUCCAUCGAAGCACCUGCUUUGGAGAGGAAACUGGGUGGCCUAGAAUCAGAGAGUCCUGGGAAAGGAAGAUAAAGGGGGCUGUGAAUAUGGUCAGGGAGGGGGCAUUAUGAGCUCCUUUCUGACCAUAAUACUGCCCCUGCCCACACUCCCACAGGAGUUGUCCCUGAGGAG